GCAUCCGCAAUUGCUGCGCCUACCGCAAUGAAAAGGACUGAAGGGGAAAAUAAAAUAAAAACGCACACGUUAGUGUCUAAUCAGACAAUAGAAGAUAAUUGAAAAAUGUUCAAAAAAAGAAACCUAGCCUUUUUAUGAAUAGCGUAAGCAUACAAUAACAUAACUGUUUAAACGUGAGGAGGGACGGUUUGAGGUUUCUCUGUUUCGUCUGUUGUGCGACUAGGGGUGUAGCCUAGCGUGAGGCGCAGACGCAAGGGAUGUGCCCUACUUUCCGACGCGAAUGCAUCAUUGCUGUUCCACAGCGUUCCAUGGUUAGGGCCAUCUUUGGUCGUUCUUGCCGGUGACAGUGUGUGGACCAUAUUCCACUUACAAAUUACAACUGAUUAUAAAUAAAUACUAACUUAAAAAGGUAUCUAACCAACACACACUUGCUAAAAAGAAACGGGGACAAAUUGCGUCCGUUCUUCCACUUGGUUUCCUUUCCUGCCAAUUCCCAGAAAUUUCACUAGGCAAAAGAGGGCGAGACAGGAGAGGCGGUGAUACAACAUGGAUGAGGAAUAUGAUGUGAUCGUUUUGGGCACCGGACUCACAGAAUGCAUCCUCUCUGGGAUCAUGUCUGUGAAUGGAAAGAAAGUUCUGCACAUGGACAGGAACCCCUAUUAUGGAGGUGAAAGCUCCUCCAUCACCCCUCUGGAAGAGCUGUAUAAGCGGUUUGAGCUGCCUGACAGCCCUCCAGAGUCUAUGGGUCGUGGAAGAGACUGGAACGUGGACCUCAUCCCCAAAUUUCUUAUGGCCAAUGGUCAGCUUGUGAAAAUGCUGCUAUACACAGAAGUGACACGAUACCUGGACUUCAAAGUAGUGGAGGGUAGUUUUGUGUACAAGGGAGGAAAGAUCUACAAGGUUCCUUCAACUGAGACUGAGGCUCUAGCUUCAAAUCUUAUGGGUAUGUUUGAGAAGAGGAGGUUCCGGAAAUUCCUCGUGUUUGUGGCCAACUUUGACGAGAACGACCCUAAGACCUUCGAGGGCGUCGACCCCAAAGUCACCACCAUGAGAGAUGUGUACAAGAAGUUUGACCUGGGUCAGGAUGUCAUCGACUUCACUGGCCACGCCCUGGCCCUCUACAGGACAGACGACUACCUUGAUGUGCCCUGUUUGGAGACCAUCAAUCGUAUCAAGCUGUACAGUGAAUCUCUGGCCCGAUAUGGGAAAAGCCCCUACCUGUACCCCCUCUAUGGCCUGGGGGAGCUGCCUCAAGGAUUUGCCAGAUUGAGUGCAAUUUAUGGAGGAACCUACAUGCUCAACAAACCAGUGGAGGAGAUAGUGAUGGAGGAUGGCCAUGUGGUGGGAGUGAAGUCUGAGGGAGAGGUGGCUCGGUGCAAACAGCUGAUCUGUGACCCCAGCUACAUCCAGGACCGUGUGCGUAAGGCAGGUCAGGUGAUCAGGGUCAUCUGUAUCCUCAGCCACCCGAUCAAGGACACCAACGACGCCAACUCCUGUCAGAUCAUCAUCCCCCAGAACCAGGUCAACCGCAAGUCAGACAUCUACGUGUGUAUGAUCUCCUAUGCCCACAAUGUGGCAGCCCAGGGGAAGUACAUUGCCAUUGUCAGCACCACUGUGGAGACCAACGAGCCUGAGGCUGAGAUAGAGCCUGCUCUGGAGCUGCUGGAACCCAUUGACCAGAAGUUUGUGUCCCUCAGUGACCUCUAUGAGCCCACAGACGACGGUACUGAGAGUCAGAUAUUUGCCUCAUCGGCCUACGACGCCACCACUCACUUCGAGACCACCUGCAACGACAUCAAGGACAUCUACAAGCGUAUGACCGGAAGCGACUUUGACUUUGAGAACAUGAAACGCAAACAGAACGAUGUGUUUGGGGAGGAUGAGCAAUGAGGAGGGAGGGGCAUCAGGGAGAGGGCGGGGCAGAGAAGGGAGUGAAGAGGGGGUUAAUGGAAGAAGGCAGAACAUAUGGAUGAGGUGGUAGAGGGCAGGGUAAAGAGUACAAAGGGUAACGAGUUAGAUCAUUUACAGAUUGUAGGGGCAGGGUACUGGGUAGGGUACCUUAUAUGGGAGAUGGUGGGAGUGUUCAGGGGAGUUCUAGAAGGUUCCAGAGUAGACAGAGAGGUUCUGCCUUCCGGUUGUCCUCCUUUUUUCCCCCUCCUGAGGUCUCCGUACUCAAACAUAAUUAAAACACACACACACACAGCACAUUGUUCCAAGACUCACAUUCCCUAUUUCUAUCUCUCACUGAAAGGCAAGGUUGAUAUGGUCUCUCAUUCCAUUUUAAACUACGUCUAAACUAUGAUCAUUAGAGGUAGACCGAUUCAUUGUAGUUGCAAUUUCAAAAGCCUUUUCACUUUUCAACAUGCAUGAAUACACAGUAGUAUUGCACAUAGAACACGAUGAUGCGGCAGCGUUCUGAAGGCUGGGCCAUUCUCACACUGAUCAUUCCCUCCUGUCAACCCUGCUUUCACCCUGUUCUCUUCCUACUAUUUAACCUGUUACUUAUUUACAUAGACAACUGCUCUUUUUUCGGCAAAUCUCUCACUCGGUCAGAUAAAAUGUUUUCAAAUGAAAAGUUAUAAUAUCAAUAGGCUGUUCUGUCAAACUGAUAGUGCUCACUUUGCAGUGCUGCUGUGUUCUCUGUGCUAGUAGUUAAGCUAACCGGUGGCUAACUGUUCUGUUGUCCCUAAAACCACGUUUUAUUUCUCUGUUUGUUGUGUGAUGUCAAAGUUACGAUUUGAAUGGUUUCCGUUCUUUAUUUUUUAAAUGUUUAGAGUUUUUAUUUCAACAUUUGGUGCGCAUUUUCACUUGCUGAAGUUAUGAAGUUUACUGAAUUUGAAAUAGAAACAUGGACUGUAAUACUCUGAAGUGGACUUUGAGGUCAAACUGAAAAGGGAAUGUGUUGUGUAGAAGAGUGAGAGAGGGCGGUUACAGUGAGGGUCUGUCUGGAGGCUAGGCAUGUUGGUGAGGUUACAUGAAUACAUUUUUCAUGAAAUGAGAAAGUCUAAACAGUGUCCUUGGGAUGACCGAACUGAUGUCACCUCAUUGAAGUUGAAAAUGGUUAAGGUAAGGGUCAAGGUUAGGGUUAUGGUUAAGGUUAGGUUUAGGGUAGGGACAUCCCAAGGAUAGCACUGAGUUGUACUCAAAUAGGAAAUCAGAUCACUACAUGUUGAGAUACGAUGAAACAAGGUGAUAAAGAACGAAUGUAGUUAGGGACUGUCGCAGAUUUGAGAUCAGGAAAGUAUUGCUUUUGUGUAAAAGAAGGAAGACUGAACUCUCAGCUUGUAGUGAAAGGAAGCUCCAGAUCAUUGUUGUGGUCUAACUAACCCUUGUUGUGUAUGUCACACAGAGAGACAAAUUCCCUUUGGACUCCUGCUAGGCAACCUUACAGUAGCAAGUGGAGGGAAACGCAGACACUCCCAAAAUGUAAAACACUUAACAGAAUGCACCAUUACAAAAGGUUCUGAGGCCUCGAUAUGAAGUGCCUCCCCAGAGUAUGAACCAAUUGCUUUUACUUGGUUUUAGCCUUAAAUUUGGGGUCUUAUCCAAUAUGUUUGGGUUCUCAAAUAAUUUCAGUAUAUUUAAAAACAAUGUUAUCUGCCGACCAUUUCUCUGCUUAUUGAUGUCAGUUGGUUGACUUGCAAAUGUCUUGUGUCUUUCAUGACUGCUAACUGUGAACAUUGUAUUUCCACUAACUACCACCACAGUCUAAUAUAACAGCGAUAGAAUCUCAGAAAUUCUAGUCAUUCUAGUUCAUGUUCUAGUAAAUCCUGUGGUUCUGUGGACUUGGCUGGGCCCUAAUGUGAAUCUCCUCCAUUGUAGAAACCCUUAACCUCCAUUCCGUCUGACCCUUUGAGGUUAGCUGUGUUCUCUUCAUCUAUAUGUUUCCAGGCAUGACAUUGUUUUGAGAUUUGGAUCUGCAGCUUGGUUAGUUAUUUACAGUACAUAUCAAUUGUGGGCAGCAAUGCUGAGAAAGAUGCCACAACAUUUCCCUUCAAAUUCGAUUACAGUAACAUGGAUGACGUUAGUGGGAAUUAUUGCCGAUCCCUUCAUGUAGUCCCUCAUAUCUCUAAACGCCUCAGUUUUUACGUAUUUGGGGUGGGUCUGUGUGUCUUAGUACAAUGCUAAUUUAUUUGAUUUCACUGAUGUUAUGGAAGGUAAUGCUGAAUAUGCUUCUCUGCUAUUAGUUUGUUAUAUUAUCAUAACUGAUCUCAAAGUGAUGCAUAUGCCGACUUCAUUGUUUUCGUUUUGUUGUAUCAUGUUUGACCUGAUUUACUGGUUAUUACAGUUUUACAUGGGUUAAACAUUAACAGGUCUUAUAACAGUUUGUGAUGAAGGACAGUGGGACGAUAGCAACAGUCUGGUCCUCAAUCAUAGGGUUCAAUUAAGCUUUCAAUCCUUCAGUCCAGUCAUCUUUUAGACUCAUUUCUACAGUUUCAGACUGUGCACAGUUUUCACAUUGUGUGAAUUUCAUACUAGAAUUAUGUUACCUUGGUGAAUUGUGUUGAGUUUACUCUGCAAGCGUAGCUAGUUAUAUUUGGGCAUUUCCCCCCUUCCUCGACACCAGACGCCAUCUUCUCUUUAUUUAUUUAAAUGAAAGCCUAAAAUGUGGUUUGAUGUUUGGCCUUUGACUAAUAUUAUUGAUGACAUCCCUUGAAAUUGCCGAAAACAUAGGGCAGACGGAGAAGUAAACAACUUACAGUCCUUUGUUUGAUCACUAGUAUGUGAACAAUGUCUUGUGUAACAAAUAAAAUGAAUUAAACUAUGAACAAAAGUAUAGAAAAAAAAUUAAAAGCACAUGGCAAACCUGAAAAGUCAAA